CGAUCAUGAUUAGACAGAUGUUACGAAAUAGUACGAGAACUUAGGUCCAAAAUCUUUAAAAUAAAAUUUUUAUAGUUGAGAAUGUGUUGUGGGAGAAGUUGACAGAAACAUUAAAAAUGCAAGAAAUUAACGAUAAUAUGUUUUUUGAGGAGCAACAAGAAAAUAUAAUACGUAAGCAGGAAGAAGAUCAAGUGAAAGAAAAAUCGGUAGAAGACAACAUACAAUUAAUUAAGAACGUAAAAAAGACUAAAAAAGAUGAGGAAAUAGAUGAAAAUAUCAUGAUAUUUUUGCAUGAGAAAGGUUGGAAUGAAAAUCUUAUCGAGACAUUGAUUAAUAUCGGUCUUACGGAUGUCAGACUUUUAAAAACUCUAAAUUUAAAUGAAGAUGACAUCGACGAUUUGCAAGAUCUAUGGCAAGCAAAGAUUAAAGUCAAUAAAAGCAACGAUUCUAUUAUUAAUUCUACAUCCGACAGUUUAUCGUCUAAUGGUCACGCACAAUUGUCAUCAAAUAGCAUCUAUCUAAAAAGAGUCUUGAGCAAACCUUUGAUCCAAGCUCUUUGUGAAAUUAUAACAAAGAAACCGACCGAUCCUGUGGAGUACCUAGGCUACUGGUUACUCCAUUAUAAAAAAUUAAAAAUGAUCGCAUCAGAAGUUGGCUCGACAAACACAGAACCUGUCCACAUCAGGAUUACGAGUGAAAAAGCUCCUUUGAUCAAUGGCAGAAAUAUGCUUCAACGACUAAGCAAUAUUUUUAAGAUCGGAAGGACGUCACAUUCUGAUGGAGAUGGCUAUGUCGAAUUUGGUACUCUUGGUAUAGACAACACUCGUACAUUGGGAACUUUUGCUGGUGUAUUCAGCCCAGUUACACUGUCUAUGUUCAGUGCCUUAAUUUUUAUACGAAUGGGAUACAUCGUGGGUAAUGCAGGUUUAUUUGUAACAUUAAUUCAGUUCAUCAUAGCAUAUGGUAUUUUAUUAUUCACAGUUGCAUCUGUCUGCGCUAUAUCAACCAAUGGCGCUGUAGAAGGUGGUGGCGCUUACUUUAUGAUCAGUCGUACAUUAGGACCUGAAUUUGGCGGCUCUAUUGGCACUCUCUUUUUCUUGGCCAAUAUAGUGUCCAGUGCGCUUUGCAUUUCUGGAUGCGCUGAGGGUUUGGUCGAAAAUUUUGGUCCGUCUGGUUAUUUGAGCGGCAAAACUGGGCUCAUCCCAGAUGGUCGAUGGUGGCGAUUUUUAUAUUGUUCUAUACUAAAUACUGCCAAUCUUGUAGUUUGUCUUAUCGGAGCUGCAAUGUUUGCAAAAACCAGUGUUGCAAUUUUGGCAGUUGUCUGUAUCUGUCUGGCUAGUGUUUUUAUUAGUUUUUUGACUCAAGGUGCAAUAGAGAUACCAAUACCAGAGGCAAAUACAUUGGUACAAAAUAUAACAGAGCAUAUAAAUGGAAGUUACACGGGUCUUUUGUCUUCUACACUUUCAAACAAUCUCUAUUCGAAUUAUAGUGCUGAUUACUCGAGCGGAGGAACAAUGACGGAUUUUGCAAGUGUCUUUGGUGUAUUGUUCAGUGGUGUAACUGGGAUAAUGGCUGGAGCAAAUAUGAGCGGAGAGCUGAAAAAUCCCGGGCGAAAUAUUCCACAUGGGACAUUAUCUGCGGUAUUAUUUACGUUUAUAUGUUAUAUUUUACUGUCUGUACUAACGGCUGCUACUACUAGCCGUUUUUUACUCCAAAACAACUUUAUGUACAUGAUGCCAAUUAAUAUUUGGCCGCCAUUUGUCGCUGUUGGCAUCCUCACAGCAACAUUUAGCGCUGGUUUAAGCAAUUUGAUAGGUUCUAGUAGAGUAUUGGAAGCAUUGGCCAAAGACAAUGUAUUCGGUAUGUAAUUAGUGACAAUAAAAAAUUAAUUCAUUUUAAUUUUAAAAUUUAAUUUAUAUACAGGGUGUUUCCAAACCAUUGCUCAAAUUAACUCGGUACUAUUUCUUUUAAGUUAUCUGGCUACCAAUCUUGCGUGUCUUGGAUUGGAACUUGCUAGUGCACCAAACUUCAGGCCAACAUUUAAUUACUUUACAUGGCACACGGCGACUAUAGGUCUUCUUGGAACACUGAUAAUGAUGUUCAUAAUUAAUAGUAUUUAUGCUUCCAGUAGCAUAAUUUUAUGCUUAAUAUUGAUCAUUGUGCUACAUUUAUUCUCACCAAGUAAAAACGCACCAUGGGGCAGUAUAUCUCAAGCAUUAAUAUUCCAUCAAGUUAGAAAAUACUUGCUAAUGUUGGAUUCGCGUAAGGAUCAUGUUAAAUUUUGGCGUCCACAAAUGUUGCUGAUGGUUGCGUGUCCGCGUUCCGCUUGUCCUCUUAUCGAUUUUGUGAAUGACUUGAAGAAAGGAGGACUUUAUGUUAUUGGACAUGUAAAAGUUGGUAAAUUUAAUGGUCAAAAUAGCGAUCCUACGAUAGAGGAAUAUCCGCACUGGUUGAGUUUAGUUGAUCAUAUGAGAGUUAAAGCUUUCAUUGAAUUGACCGUGACGAAAACGGUGCGCGAAGGCAUGCAACAUUUAAUAAGAUUGUCUGGUAUGGGUGCAAUGAAACCAAAUACGAUCGUUCUCGGGUUUUAUGAUGAAGAAACGCCAAGGAACUUCUUCUUGGAUUCUCAAUACGCGACGACAAUGUUUGAAAACAGUACAACGCUUCCAAAUAACACUGUGUUCCCUCUGAGACAAGCAACAGGUGAAAAGAAUCUAGAUCCGGUUCAAUAUGUUGGUAUGUGCUCGGAUGUUUUAAGAAUGAAGAAAAAUUUAUGUUUAUGUAGAAACUUUCAUCUGUUAAAUAAAGCACAGUUGACGAAAAACUCGAAUUUGAAAUAUAUUGACGUAUGGCCGGUCAACUUUUUCCAACCGACCGAUCAAGAUCCAUUCGAUACAACGUCAUUAUUCAUGCUUCAACUCGCAUGUAUCAUCAAUAUGGUACCUAGUUGGAAAAACCUACAUCUCAGAGUGUUCCAUUGCGAAACUGGAAAUGGCAAUGAAAGCCUAAGUAUCUCAGAUUCUCCCAAUUCAAUGAACGAAUAUCCGAGAAUCUCGAAUGAGAACAGGAUUCGAAAGUCAUUGAAUUUGCUGAGAAUUUCUGCAUCGAUUAAAAAAAUCCCGGAAUGGGGAGAGCAAAUCCGAGGUUUAAAGGGUAGGCCUCUGCUUGAGCCAAAAAAUCAAUAUGAAUCAAGCACAGAGUCUAAUAAUACUUUGAGUAACGUGUCCCGGGCUUAUAUACUAGGAGUCAAUCAACUGAUACGGCAAUAUUCUUCUCAAACUGCAACAACAUUCAUUUAUUUGCCCGGUCCGCCAGCCUCAAACACUUGGGAUGAGGAUGACAUGUAUCGACAGUACCUACAAUCGUUGACAGAAUUGACUGUCGACUUACCACCUACAGUUUUAGUACACGGUGUUAGUGCUGUUACGUCAACUACCUUAUAACAUAUAAAAUGUAUGGGAAAAGGUAAGGGGAAAUGUUGAAUACAUUCUCCAUUGGUAAGAAAAGAAGGCACUAGAGAAUAGAAACUUAAAUUA